CUGUUGAGAAUUUUUUUUUUUUAAGUUGAGAUAUUUACUGAAAAGUGACAACCGUACGUACCUACAGCAAAACAGAAAAAACAUUGAUUAGCUACUUAAGUCAGUUCAGUGACAUUUUUGUGACCAUUGCAUAAAAAUGUGAUACGUACUUACUACGCAGUAGUGAGCACAGUAGGUUUUAGAAAGGACAAAAAUACUAUUAUUAAUAAUAAUAUGUAAAAUGUCACAAAAAUAAUGUAUAAAAGUACACUUUUACAUAUUGAAAUUAACAUAACCAACUAGAAUUAUUUUAACAAAUGUCGCCCCCUAAACAACCACAAAGAUUAUUUCAAUUAAGCAUUAAAAGUUGUUUAAAUGUAAUUAAUUACGCUUGUUACGUUAUCGAAAAAAGUUGUUCAGAGGGAGAGUUCGAUGAGUGUGAAAAAAAAGUAUAUUCAUUGAAAUGCCACCUGAUGACUGUUUUACCAUGCAGGUUAUUCGAUGUCCUCUGUUCAGAACGAACAUGCUGCCAGUACCGUGGCGAUCCUCGUAUUCAGCUCCACGUGUUGACGCAUCCCAACAUGACAGUCUUCCGCAAAUGCGAUCUCGAUAACUCAAUACCCCAACCAUUCUGGAUCGAAACUCUCUCGAAAUUCAGUCGUCUUGUCGUUCUCGACCUCAAAUUCAUAUGCACAGACGAAAUACUCAACGUAGUGGGCCUGAAUUGUCUCCUUCUCGAGGAACUAAACAUAGUCUCGAAAGUUGAUAUAUACAAAUCUCUUUUUAAUGCAUCUGUAUUGAUCAGAAAUGUGUCUGAUGCUGGUUUAUACUCGAUUGCGCCAUUGAAACUUUUACGUAUUCUAGCGAUGGACCCGCCACGGAACGAACGAGCCAACCGCGUCGGCCGUUGCGUCUCUCAAGCCGGCAUCAUCAUGUUGAUAAACGAAUUACCGCGUUUAGAAGAACUGAGAAUCGAAUCCUGCGAUAUCGGUUCCACCUUAAUCGGCACUGUCAUGGAAAUAGGUCCUUUGAGUCUUCAGAAAGUCAACUGUCAUUACGCUUCAGCUGACGGUAUUCGAAAACUAAUAAACAUAUGUCCGUGCUUACGCGAAUUAUCGAUCACGCACUUGUCCGAGCAUAACAAAGACGCUAUAUUGGAGCAGAUUUCAACCAGUGAACUAAGACUGAAUAGGUUAAAUUUAUCUUUCUUCUCAUACUCGGAGUCAAUGCAGAAACUCUUACUAUUCAAGGGCUGUUAUUUGACUCAUUUCUCUCUGUGGGAAAUCGAAAACUCCUUGACUUUGGACGCGAUUUUAUCGAUAGGACUAUGUUGCACGAAUUUGAACUCUCUCUAUUUAAUGAGUCAAUCUAAAAGCUUGGAGGUGCCGAGAUAUUUCCAGCGACCAAAUAAUAUCUUUAACAAUUUACAGCACCUAACAAUAGGCAACGAUACAUUUAGUAUUGAACAGAUUUUAACUUUUUUCCUUAAUUGUACGAGCAAUCUGCAAACGUUGGUACUGAAAUACCAAACUAAAGUCAACAUUGAUAAUACUUUGUCUAGCUUACUGCGUAAAGGAUGUUUCAAAAACAUCGACAAUCUCUGGUUAGACUGCACUUUGGAGGUUUCAAAAAACGUUGUAAAAGAAAUAAUACAAAGUUGUGACAAACUACAAAUGUUGACUGUAGAUCUAAAUGAGGACACAAGCGACUUUCAUAGGUACAUCAGCGAUAAUAAUUUGGAUCUAAAACUAGGUAGUUAUUAGGAUUAAUUACUGUAUGUACUGUAUUUAUUUUAACAAUAAAAUAUUUUACUAUUGA